AUGAGAAGAUGUGUCUCAACCCCAGCUCCAACAAUCUUCUUUGUUUACGCACCAACAUCGAGCUACGAUGAAGAAGAGCUGGAGGCGUUCUGUAUGGAUCUGGAGCUCUACAGAGAAGACCAUACUUUCUUCAAGGACAUAGUCGGUGAUUUGGCUCCAGAAGAACGGCUGAAGAGCUCCACAUCGGGAUUCACGGAAUGCAUCGGAAUGAGGAAGGCUAUCUGA